GGAAUGUAGGGAGGGUGGGGGGUGCAGGGCAGCUGGGUUUAGGGACUGAGGGCUGGGUGUCGGAGGCUGGAUCCUGCUUUAGUGGAAGUGUCCCUUUAACAGUGACUGGCCUGGCCUGGCUCGGGCCCUGCUUUGCCUCCUGUUCAGCUGUGACUGCAGCUACCAUGCUGACUCAUGUGCCCGCAGCUAGCAAGAGCUGGCAGCAUGGGCUCCCCAGGGGCUAUGACAGGCUGGGGGCUUCUGGAUUAUAAGACAGAGAAGUAUGUGAUGACCAGGAACUGGCGGGUGGGCGCCCUGCAGAGGCUGCUGCAGCUUGGGAUCGUGGUCUAUGUGGUAGGGUGGGCUCUCCUCGCCAAAAAAGGCUACCAGGACUGGGAUCUUGACCCCCAGAUUUCUGUCAUCACCAAACUCAAAGGGGUUUCCGUGACUCAGAUCGAGGAGCUUGGAAACCGGCUGUGGGAUGUGGCCGACUUCGUGAAGCCACCUCAGGGAGAAAACGUGUUCUUCUUGGUGACCAACUUCCUUGUGACACCAGCCCAAGUUCAGGGCAGAUGCCCAGAGCACCCAUCCGUCCCACUGGCUAACUGCUGGGUCGACGAGGACUGCCCCGAAGGGGAGAGAGGCACGCACAGCCACGGCGUGAAAACAGGCCGAUGUGUGGUGUUCAAUGGGACCCACAGGACCUGUGAGAUCUGGAGUUGGUGCCCGGUGGAGAGUGGCGUUGUGCCCUCGAGGCCCCUGCUGGCCCAGGCCCAGAACUUCACACUGUUCAUCAAAAACACAGUCACCUUCAGCAAGUUCAACUUCUCUAAGUCGAAUGCCUUGGAGACCUGGGACCCCACCUAUUUUAAGUACUGCCGCUAUGAACCACAACUCAGCCCCUACUGUCCCGUGUUCCGCAUUGGGGACCUCGUGGCCGAGGCUGGAGGGAACUUCGAGGACCUGGCGUUGCUGGGUGGCUCUGUGGGCAUCAGGGUUCACUGGGAUUGUGACCUGGACACUGGGGACUCCGGCUGCCAGACUCACUACUCCUUCCAGCUGCAGGAGAGAAGCUACAACUUCAGGACAGCCACUUACUGGUGGGAGCAACCGGGUGUGGAGGCCCGCACCCUGCUCAAACUCUACGGAAUCCGCUUCGACAUCCUCGUCACCGGGCAGGCAGGGAAGUUCGGGCUCAUCCCCAUGGCCGUCACACUGGGCACCGGGGCAGCUUGGCUGGGCGUGGUCACCUUUAUCUGUGACCUGCUGCUGCUGUAUGUGGAUAGAGAAGCCCAUUUCUACUGGAGGACAAAGUAUGAGGAGGCAAAGGCCCCGAAGGCAACCGCCAACUCUGUGUGGAGUGAGCUGGCCCUUGCAUCCCAAGCACGACUGGCCAAGUGCCUUAGGCAGAUCUCAGCACCUGCACCCACGGCCACUGCUGCUGAGAGUCAGACACAGACACCAGGAUGGCCCUGUCCAAGUUCUGACGCCCACUUGCCAGCCCAUUCCUGAAGCCCGUAGUAGCCAUUCCCUGCUGUUGAGAGUUGGGGGCUGGGGAGGGUGGGGCCCUGCCUGGGGAUCUCAAGGAUGAGGCCCCAGCAUGGAGGAUUGGGGGUAGAAUUCUACCCUUGAACCCCAGCAGACAGUCCCUCCCCUGACUCCUGCCUUAGCAGGAUGCUUCCUCGGGGAACCACAGAAGUCAGCCACAGAAGUCAUACUUAGGAAGCUGUCUGAGCGCAGCUGCUCGAGGGAGGCCCUGACUCUGAUCCCAGGCUGGGUGGAGUGGCUGGAAGGAAUGGUUCCAAACAACAACACCGAGAUCUCCCUCAGGCUGGCUGGGUUUUGCAGCUGGAAUUCUCCUCUUGGUCCCAGGGCGGGGCAGGGAAUUCUAAUUGUCCACCCCAGGGAGGCAAGGGGCUGCUUUCCAUUGUGGAUACCUGGAGAUCAGGGCAUGCUGUGGAGGGCCAGGGGUGGGGCUGAGGCUGGGCUGACGUCUGGAAUCAUCUGCCACCUGCAGCCUCAGUAAAAUGCCUGGGGUCCCUGCUGCCUCUCAAUCCCCAGAGCCAUGUCCAUCGGGAGCUGGGCUCUGAAGGGCUAGGGUGGGAGAGUGUGGCCCCUGAGGCCUGGGUA